AUCAAAAGUCCAGUCGAAGCUAUAUCACCAGCUACGAAGGACAGACAUCGAUCCUUCCGCGGGGUCGUUCCUGGGAGAAGCGUGCUGAGCGCAUUCUUCUGAACAGGAAUCCUCUCUUCUCUCUUUGCCGAAGACCCCUUAAACUCGCGAUUCAGGCGUCUUUGAGCAUGGAUCUUCAUGCAGAACUUGUAGCAGAGAAGAUUGGAGAUGGGAAAGAGGAAGGCCCUUCAUUCAAAUGCGAUCUAUCCGAUACAGAAAUAGUUCACAAGAUAGCUCAAAUGUUCCUCCCCGGAUUAGCCACAGCUUGCGUUGACAACACCACAGGUGAUAUCUUCAAUACCCCAGCUUCUGUAGCCGUUGAUAUGAGAAAAGAAAUGGUGGAAUAUCUUACCCAGAGGAGCGAGAGUUUUCUCGCUGAAUCUGUUAUCUUGGAAGCUGGUCCGGACCAUCCCUACGAUGUUGUUUCUGAUUUUGUUGAUGACUUUGCUAGUUCGAAGAGGAACUUGUUCGGUCGGGUUUCGGAAUGGGUGAUGAGUGAAAAGAGGGAAGAAAAGAUUGAUGAUUUUGUUCAAGAGAUGGAGAUAAAUGGGUUUUGGUUGUUGGAUGGGAGAGAAGCAGUUGCACGUAUUUUGCUCAAGAAUGUUGACUUCAAGAAUGCAUUUCACUGCGACAGGAAAUUCAUGUCGGCAGAAGGGCUUGCCGAGCAUGUUUGCCGCUGCAGCUUUAGACCUAUGACUUGCACAAAUGGAGGUUGUAAUGCCAGAUUUUGCGCCAGUCACUUGGAGAGGCAUGGUUCAGUUUGUCCCUUCAAGAUAAUUCCAUGUGAGCAGAAGUGCUCAGAUAGCAUCAUGAGACGUGAGAUGGACAGGCAUUGCAUAACUGUCUGUCCAAUGAAGCUUGUGAACUGCCCUUUCUAUGCACUGGGUUGUCAAUCCACUUUACCUUCCUGUAUGAUUGAGCAACACUGUUCAGAUACUGUCCAUUUUCACUUGCUAUAUGUUCUUCAAGUUAUUCACAAAGAAGCAUCUGAGGAGGAUCUGAAACGACGGGUGGAGCAACUAGAACAGGCAGCAUCAUCGAGUCGGCUAGCUGAAGCUCGAGAGGUGAGAUCUUUAACCUCCAAAGUCAAGGAUCUUGAAGCAAAGCUGGGGCCGUUAGAAGUCCACCUCAAGAACAAGGAUAGUGAAGAGAAUGUGGAGAUUUCAAACAUAUCAAAUGCCUUGGAUGAAACCCAUAUCAAGUUCAACAAGGACAUCCAAGAGAGAAUGGGGGCUUCAAAUCUAGUAAAUGCCUAGAGCGAAGCUCAAAGUCCAAGUUAGACCUGGCAAUUAUGUUUUUUUUUUUUACAGAAAACCCUAUUCAUCAUCAUAUGAAAAUCUUUCACCUUGUCAGAAAACAACCUCGCCUUUUCUUUUUCUUUUGUUCAAGUACUGUCUAACAUCAUUUCAUCCAUUGGCCAUUGCUAUUUCAGUUGAAGAUCUUGAGGUUCCUUUUCCCUCCUUGACCUAUUUCUUUUUCUAUAUUCCAAAGUCAAUGAUGGCUUCAUGUUAUCCAUGACAGUUGAUAAAUUGGGGAAACUUGUUCCUUUCACUCUGCAGAUAUACUGCUACUGACAUUGUUCUCGGCCUACUGGUAAUAUGGUGUGAGAUGCCUUUCUAUCGGUGUAAUUUCCAAAUUCAAGAUAUGGUCGUAUUCCAAGUAUUACUUAAACCCUUAGAAUUAUAAAGAACACCUCCCCCUCCCAUUGGACAAUUUUUUAUUCUGUUCCUCCAGGCCAUGUUUGUAUAUUCGUAGAGGGAAAAAUCCCAAGUAAUGGCAUCUGAAUUUUGUUUUUUUGUUUUUUUUAUUUUUAUGGCCCUUUGUAUGGGUCUAAUAUUCAUGUGUAAAUCUUCAUAUGCUAUAAAAGCUAAUGAAAACUUAUUCCAUUAA